AAUUUAAACUUUCGAUUUUCAGGUAAAUCCGAUAAAGUGAUUACAAGUGUUGGAAAGCUGAAACUUUACACUGCUCGGACAUUAAUUCGCGACUCGCGAAGUGCAAAAUCCGUAUUAUUUUCGAGGAUAGAGCAUCGAUGAUAUCAAACGGUUUUUUUCUGACAAGUUACGGGGGUACAACUUACCAAAAUAAACAAUGAACUAAUUUCGUUUAAUGUCAUAGAUGCUCGAUUCUCAAAAGUAAUUAGAAUUUUGAACUUUGCGGGUCACGAGUUAAAUGGCUGGACAGACACGCAUAUAUAUACGACAUCUAGCUUGCAGAAGAAAGAUUACCUAUUCAGCAAAAUAUAUGUAAAGUAUUUUAGGUUAUGUUAUAUUGUGAUCAUUAUUAUGCUGAUACCGUAUUAGUUUUCCAAUUUUGAGCAUUGUUGUGGUAAUAUAUAAACAAAUUUUUGUUAUAAACGUGAUAAAAAAAUAAUCAUUCAGCAAUGCCGACGUACGAAAUGCCCCUUUUAUUAAAGAUCAUGACUCGGCCGGAAAUUGCGGCUACGUUAAAACGUACUGCAGAAGCAAUUUUUGAUAAAGGAGGUUUUAUCAGAAAAAUAGAUAAUUUAGGUAAAAUGGCAACUCCCUAUAAAAUGCCAGUACUUAAUCAAACACACAAAGAAGCUAAUUACUUUAUCAUUCACUUUGAUGUACCUCCAACAUCAUUAAAAAGACUUAGUGAGGAAUGUCUACGUGAUGUUGAUAUUAUUAGACUUAGAAUUUAUACCAAAAAUGAAUCUAAGAUUGAUAAAUGUACUUUGCAUGAAGAGAUACAACCACCAGCGUACAGGCCUGAUGUUAAAAAAAUGAUUGAAAUUGGAGAAAAAGAAAAAGCUAGGAAAGAGAAAAAGAAGUUCAAGUUUAAUACUGGAUUAGACUAUUAUCCUUUCCAAAGAUAAAAUUUCAAUUUAUUCAUGGUUUGGUUUUCAAAUUUUUUUGUAUAUAUAUCUUUAUAGUAUAAAUAAAAAAUUUUAGAAAUAAUAAUAACUUGUGUAUAACAUUGUUCUGAAAAUA